AUGGCGUCGUCGGAGCAGUUAGUGUCUGGAAGUGGUGGGCCGAAAUACGUGCAAAUGCAAUCGGAGCCGUUAACGUCGAUGAUGUCGUCGUUUUUCUCGUUUCAUCAUAUUGAAGGCACUGAGACAACUCGAAUUUUCGAUGAGUUGCCCAGGGCCGCCAUCGUUCAGGUUUCGCGUCCAGACGCCGGCGAUAUCAGCCCUAUGCUUCUCACUUACACCAUUGAAUUCCAAUACAAACAGUUCAAGUGGCAAUUAGUGAAGAAAGCUUCACAAGUGUUUUAUUUACACUUUGCACUGAAGAGACGUGCAUUUAUUGAGGAAAUUCAUGAGAAGCAGGAGCAGGUUAAAGAAUGGUUUCAAAACCUUGGCAUAGGGGAUCCUACAGCAAUGGUGCAAGACGAUGAUGAACCUGAUGAUGAGACUGUUCCAUUACGCCAUGAGGAAAGUCUUAGAAACAGAGAUGUUCCAUCUAUUGCUGCUCUGCCAAUCAUUCGGCCAGCCCUGGGAAGGCAGCACUCCAUGUCAGACCGAGCAAAGAUAGAAAUGCAGGGAUAUUUGAAUCACUUUCUUGAAAACAUGGAUAUUGUGAAUUCCCGAGAGGUUUGCAAAUUUAUGGAGGUUUCCAAGUUAUCAUUUGCACCGGAGUAUGGUCCCAAGCUAAAGGAAGACUUUGUGAUGGUGAAGCAUUUACCAAAAAUUCCAAAUGAUGAUGAUAGAAGGUGUUGUGCAUGCCAUUGGUUCAGUUGCUGUAAGGACAACUGGCAAAAGGUUUGGGCUGUAUUGAAACCUGGAUUCUUGGCCCUGCUAAAAGAUCCUUUCGAUGCCAAGCCCUUGGAUAUAGUUGUUUUUGAUGUACUACCAGCUUCAGAUGGGAAUGGAGAGGGUCGAGUAUCACUAGCAAUAGAAAUAAGGGACCGCAACCCUUUACGCCACUCAUUUAAGGUGUCUUGUGGAACCCGUAGCAUAAAGUUAAGAACCAAAAGUAAUGUUAAAGUUAAAGACUGGGUUGCUGCAAUUAAUGACGCUGGUCUUCGACCUCCUGAGGGUUGGUGCCACCCUCACCGCUUUGGUUCUUUUGCUCCUCCACGAGGUUUGAUGGAAGACGGUAGUCAGGCUCAGUGGUUUGUAGAUGGUCGAGCGGCAUUUGAAGCUAUUGCUUUAGCAAUCGAGGAUGCAAAAUCAGAGAUAUUUAUUUGUGGCUGGUGGCUGUGCCCAGAAUUAUAUCUACGACGUCCAUUUGAUGCUCAUGGAUCCUCACGGCUCGAUAGUUUGCUGGAAGCAAAGGCCAACCAAGGUGUUCAGAUUUACAUUCUUCUGUACAAAGAGGUUGCUCUUGCUCUGAAAAUCAACAGUGUGUAUAGUAAGAGAAAGCUUCUUGGCAUCCAUGAGAAUGUCAGAGUUCUUCGUUACCCUGACCAUUUCUCUAGUGGUGUCUAUUUAUGGUCCCACCAUGAAAAACUUGUAAUUGUUGAUUACCAUAUUUGCUUUAUUGGAGGACUAGAUCUAUGCUUUGGCCGUUAUGACUCAUUUGAACAUAAAGUGGGUGAUCACCCUCCUCUGAUAUGGCCUGGAAAAGACUAUUAUAACCCGAGGGAAUCGGAACCAAAUUCUUGGGAAGAUACUAUGAAAGAUGAAUUAGAUCGUGAAAAAUAUCCACGCAUGCCAUGGCAUGAUGUUCACUGUGCUCUUUGGGGACCACCUUGCCGUGAUGUUGCUAGGCACUUUGUUCAGCGCUGGAACUAUGCUAAGAGAAAUAAAGCUCCAAAUGAGCAAGCAAUACCACUACUCAUGCCUCACCAUCAUAUGGUUAUUCCACACUACAUGGGAGUAAGCGAGGAGAUGGAGGUUGAAUAUAAGAAUGGUGGAGACUAUUAUAAAGAUCUCAAAAGACAGGAUUCCUUUUCUGGUCGAUCAUCUUUUCAAGAUAUCCCGCUGCUGAUGCCUCAAGAGGCUGAAGGGAUGGAUGCGUCCUAUGGAGAACCCAGAUUAAAUGGUAUGGAUAUGCCUCAUGAUUAUUCUCAUCAGCCAAGCAAAGCCAGCAGAAGCCCUUUCUCUUUCCGGAAACCAAAGAUUGAACCUGUUACUGCAGAUAUGCCACUGAAAGGCUUUGUAGAUGAUCAUGGCACCUCAGAUUUUAUGCGGGGAUUGCCUUCAGAGCCUGGCAUGAAAAGCUCAGGUAAAGAAUGGUGGGAGACACAAGAGCGAGGUGAUCUGGUUGUAUCUGCUGAUGAAACGGGUCAAGUUGGUCCUUGUGUUCCAUGUCACUGUCAGAUUUUAAGGAGUGUCAGUCAGUGGUCCGCUGGAACCAGCCAAAUUGAAGAGAGCAUUCACCAUGCUUAUUGUUCGCUUAUUGAAAAAGCAGAACACUUGGUAUAUAUUGAGAAUCAGUUCUUCAUCUCAGGCCUUUCUGGUGAUGAAAUAAUACGGAACCGCGUCUUAGAAACAUUAUACAGGCGAAUCAUGCGAGCAUACAAUGACAACAAGUGCUUCAGGGUUAUUAUUGUCAUACCACUCCUACCUGGGUUUCAGGGUGGUCUGGAUGAUGGUGGUGCAGCAUCCGUGAGAGCCAUUCUACAUUGGCAAUAUCGAACAAUAUGCAGAGGACAAAAUUCAAUAUUGCAUAAUCUCAACAAUCUUAUUGGUCCUAGGAUGCAUGAUUAUAUAUCUUUCUAUGGCCUCAGAGCUUAUGAUAGACUUUAUGAUGGUGGGCCUGUGGCCUCCAGUCAGGUGUAUGUGCAUAGCAAGGUCAUGAUAAUUGAUGACUGUAUCGUUUUGAUUGGAUCAGCCAAUAUUAAUGACAGAAGUUUGCUUGGUUCAAGAGAUUCUGAGAUCGCUGUGCUUAUUGAAGACAAAGAAUUCGUCAAUUCAUCUAUGGGGGGCAAGCCAUGGAAGGCGGGGAAAUUUGCUUUGAGCCUUCGCCAAUCACUAUGGUCUGAACACCUUGGUCUUCGUGGUGGAGAGAUUAGUCUAAUAAAUGACCCGGUGGUGGACACAACGUACAAAGAUAUAUGGAUGGCAACCGCAAAGACAAAUACCAUGAUCCACCAAGAUGUCUUUUCUUGCAUUCCCAACGAUCUCAUACAUUCUCGAGCAUCACUCAGACAAUGCAUGACCUCCUGGAAGGAAAAAAUUGGACACACUACUAUAGACUUAGGAAUAGCCCCUGAGAAGCUCGAAUCCUAUCAAGAUGGAGAUAUCAAGGGCACUGAUCCAAUGGAGAGAUUAGAGUCAGUGAAGGGGCAUCUUGUUUCUUUCCCGUUGCAGUUUAUGUGUGAAGAAGAUUUAAGACCCGUGUUCAAUGAAAGCGAGUACUAUGCAUCAGCUCAGGUGUUUCAUUGAGUAUGACUUUUAUAGACUAUCCCAUGUUUUACUACCAGCUAUGUAGCUCAUGCAAAUUUCCUGCUUCAAGAGGUAAAAAGUCCCAAUGGGGGGAACAUCUAUUUAAUUCCUUUUUCCGCUUUGAGUUGGGGGGAAAGUGCUAAUGUGUGUAUGUGGGUAUGUGUUUUAUUUUUUGGUGGAGGAUGGGGUAAACCCCAAGAAAGAAACUGAACCUCAGGAGGAAAAAGAAAGAGAAACUGUUUCACAGUGACUGAUAUAGGGCCCGCAUGUUUGUGUAUUUUGUCAACAAGCAGGGUUGGUAUUGACAUGAAAAAAAAAAGAUAAAUAUCCAGAACAGCCACGAAAUUUUUUCCUAUUUACAUUAGGAAAUCGAAACUUUUUGAUUGUACGUCGGAAAUUUCUUCGGCAGAGGAUGAUAUCCUUCCUGAGAACUUAUGUAACAUAUAUUUCAAGUAAAUCAUAUUGUAUAAGUCAUUUGUUCUGUCUUUUCCCAUUUACCUCUCCAGUAGUACU